AAAUAAGGUUGACAUUCCGAACUCAGGAACAUUCCUUUAUAUCUUUGCUUUGAAAGAUGAGUAAGGCUUUGGUUAACAAGGGACAGUUAAGUGUUUCAGUGAAUGAAAUGAAAUGGAUUAAGUUUUGGGAAAAGGUGACAUUUUCUUUCCAGUAACUGCUAGGUCUUGCAGUGUGGAACUGUGGGUAAAUACGUACUUAAUUGGUGCUGUGCGACACAAUGCCUAAUUCAAAAAUAAAAGGGAGGAUUGCACAAGCAGUGCAAGUGAGUCAUUCUGUGCCACAGAGUCACUCGUAGGGGUUGUCUGCAGUUCCAAACCGUACUCCUCUCAGAAAUGCCAUCCCCCGAGUACCAGGUGCAUUCUUUCAGGCUGAGUGUGUUCCCUUCUGACGCACCAUAAGAUGUUUGGCUGUCAUUGCUCUCUCUAUUUUGCAGAGAUAGCCUGACACACUCAGGCAACCUACUAAGCUGCUCAGAUGCUAAAUGUCACCAGAACAAAGCAUCUUCUGUGACUGCAACUCUCAAAGACCACAUUAUUAUAGACUUUGUUAAUUCAGUUGGAAUGGCAUCAUUGAGGCCUUCAUCCACCAGCAGUGACAGUACUGUGUAUAUGCUAAAUCACUUUUUCCCCAGUCUAUUUUUUUUUAUUAUUAUCCUUUAGCAUUUAGUCAGUUUUAGUAAGAUAGAUUACAGUUCUUUUAAACCGUGAAAGUGGCUCAGUUCAUCUGUUCUCCUGCUUCUUCUUAAAUAAUGCUAACGUUGUACAUGAUCAUUGAUCUGACAAUUGUCAACAGCUGUGUAUUUUGGUAAAUUUUUUGGAACUGAUCGUGACACUCUGUAGGCCAGUAAGUUUCUUGGUAUGUUUUCUGCACUGGUAAAGAGGAAAAUGUUGUUGCCCUGAGGUCAUGGUAGCAUUUGAGAGCUCCUGAACCCUUUAGAAUGGUCACAGUGGCAAUGAAGUGUUGGAUGGUGUCCCUAACACAUGGGAUGUGCACAGAGAUUUAUGGCUGUGUCAAGUUUGUGCCGCUUUGACUCAGCUGCGUGAGCCCCCUUGCUCUCCCAGGGGGCCCCGUUGUCCUGACGGAUAAGAAGCAGCUGGGAGGGUGCUGUUUCAGGCUGGCACAGUUUAAAAUGGGGGCGAGACUCUUUCCCACAUCACGUGUCAUAAGCACCCUGCCCUCACCUCGGUGCUCAGGAUCGGCCGGCCGUGUCCUUAUCCAAUCGCGCCCGGAAUGCUGCUUGUCACUUGGGCUAUUUCUGCUGUCUGUCGCUAUCGGCCUGCGGUGCCAGCAGCUUGGAUAUAUGGGAUACUUUUUAAUAUCUCCUCCCCGCGCUCUCUCUCCAGCUCUCUUCCCUUCUCUGGCCCAGAGUUUACAGCUUGCAGCCCUCAACUCCCUGGCAGUGCCGUUCUUGUUAUUGUUGUUUGAGUUCCUUGUUCCUGUGGUCUGUUCUGUGAGGUAGGGAGGGUGGGAGAGAGGGAGGGAAGAACGAGAGCGAGAGAGAGAGUCCUGAUUUGGCAGGUUGGCGACUUGCUGAGAGUGGAGUCUCAGAAAUGUCUCACCGAUUGCGGCUCUACUUCGGCUCCGGCCGCAGCAACACAGCCCCUGAGAUCGAAGAGCUGGAGGAGGCAACUGGAGAUGACACUGUCACAACAUUCGUUGUACAGCCAGGACACAGGGGUCUGCCACCCUUUUCCGAUCGAAGUGGCGCACGGCCUGGGGAGUCCUCGCUGAAGCGCAGCUCGUCCAUGUUUAUCCCACAGCUCACUCAGCAGCCAGAGCCACGACCCACCAAGAGCUCCUCUAUGCAGAUCUCCUUGCAACGCUUCACUGGACCUGAUGAGGAUGGCCAGGUCCUGGACAGCCCUUCAAAGUUUCAUCCUGAGUCUGCUGAGCUGCAGGCCCCCAUUGACAACAAAAAUGGCACUUUGAGUAUGCCAAAUGGAGAUACACCUGGAAUAAAUGUGGGUGGGUUUUGCAUUCAGCGCAAGUCCAUUGAUGGCUCAGACAUGCAGCAGUUGAGGAUUCUGUCUUUGGGUUUGGACAGCCAAGGGACCACUCAUCGAUGGUGCGUGCAGGAGAACCCAGAUGGGAGUCUGGCACCUCAGCGGUUAGUGCUGCAGGUCCAACAGGACCAGAGAAGACUCCCUAUGGCUGCCCAGGGUGAGGAUGCAGACAUGGGCUUCACAGGAGCCAAAGGUGAGCGCAUGGUGCGCUACCCACGAAUCCGGCUGGCCCGAAGUACCUCUCAACCGGUUCAGCCACAGGGGAACUUCAAGAGUGCCAACUCUGGCGCUGACGGACUGGCAACCAAGGUCACAGCUACAAAUACGGGCAACCAGAGUAGGAAUAUGGAUGAUGUUAUGCAAGGCUGCACCUUAAAAAUCAGGAAAGAACAAAACCGAAGGCAACCCCAGUUUAAGAUAUAUUUUGCCCAUCCUGGAGAUCACAAUCUGACUUCAUCACAGGAUUUAAAUUCAGGACAAAGGCCAAACAGGAUUAGCCCUCAGACAAGAGAUGACUUCUUGGGACAGGUUGAUGUGCCUCUCAGUCAUUUGCCUACUGAAGAUCCCACGAUGGAGCGGCCAUAUACGUUUAAAGACUUCUUGCUCCGUCCUCGAAGUCACAAGUCCCGAGUGAAGGGUUAUCUUCGCCUGAAAAUGGCUUACUUACCCAAGAAUGGAGGGCAAGAAGAGGACACCACUGAAACAAGAGAAGAGGCUGAGGGCUGGGAGGUGGCGGACUCAGCCGAUGCUGGGUCUCAGCGCCAGCAGCAGCUCUUACCCCCCCUGCCCCCUGGGUGGGAGGAGAAGAUUGACAACCUGGGUCGCACCUACUAUGUCAAUCACAACAACCGCACCACUCAGUGGAAAAGACCAAGCUUUGUGGAUAUUGUUUCGGAGACCGAGAAUGACAACCACAUCAGACAGAUCAACCAGGAGGCCCAUCGUGUGUUCCGGUCAAGGAGACACAUCAGCGAGGACCUGGAAAAUGAACACAUGGAGCCCCGAGACCUUGAUGAUGUAAGCAUGAAUUUUGAAUCCUGGGAGCCUAUCUCUGAGGAGGAAGCCCCUAUGACUGUUGAUUCUCUGAAUCAGUCUCUACCACCCCCUGCCUCACCAACACCUGCUCCUCAGUCCAGCCCUCACGAUUUCACAGAAGAGAUCAACCUGCGCUUGUCGCUUACAGCUGAUGCAAAUGGAGAACACCCAAGCCCCAGCCCUGUUGUGCAGAGCCAACUAUCCUCUAGGCUGCGCUCCUCCAGCAUGACGGACGGAGUCAGCGACCAGUCUCAAGCCCCACCACUAGUGCAGAGCUCCCAGACCAGAAGAACCAGAGCUCAAACUGUCACAGGCGUUGAAGAGUCCAUGUCUCCGUCUGCAGUGUACGCCUUCACCACGCCUGGCCUACCUCCAGGAUGGGAGGAGAGGAAGGACACCAAAGGACGUACUUACUAUGUAAACCAUAACAACCGCAGCACCACCUGGACCCGCCCAAUCCUGCAGCACACAGAUGAUGGGGCCAGCACAUCCUCUGCUGCUGCAGCUGCCGCCACCACCACUGCCUCCUCCUCUACGGGCACAGCCAGCAGCCACCUGACUGAGCCUCAGCUGCGCCGGCCUCGCAGUCUGAGUUCCCCUACUGUCACCCUGUCCGCCCCCAUUGAGGGGGCCAACAACAUCCCAGCCCGUCGUGCAGUGAAGGACACCCUUUCAAACCCCCAGUCACCACAGCCCUCGCCCUACAGCUCGCCGAAAUCACAACACAAGGGCACGCAGAGCUUCUUGCCUCCAGGCUGGGAGAUGAGGAUAGCCCCCAACGGGCGGCCGUUCUUCAUUGACCACAACAGCAGGACCACUACUUGGGAAGACCCACGGUUAAAGUAUCCUGUCCAUAUGAGGACAAAGGCUUCUCUGGACCCUGGUGACCUUGGCCCGCUUCCUAACCUGCUGGAGGAGCCUGGCUGGGAAGAGCGUGUUCAUACAGAUGGGAGGACAUUUUACAUCGACCAUAAUUCUAAGACCACCCAAUGGGAGGAUCCUCGUCUGCAGAACCCAGCCAUCACUGGACCUGCAGUACCAUAUUCCAGAGAGUUCAAACAGAAAUAUGACUACUUCAGGAAAAAAUUAAAGAAACCGGCAGACAUCCCCAACAGGUUUGAGAUGAAACUGCAUAGAAACAACAUCUUUGAGGAAUCGUACCGGCGCAUCAUGUCCCUUAAGAGGCCUGAUGUCCUGAAGGCACGGCUGUGGAUCGAGUUUGAGUCAGAGAAGGGGCUGGACUAUGGAGGUGUGGCCCGGGAGUGGUUCUUCUUACUGUCCAAGGAGAUGUUCAACCCAUACUAUGGCCUCUUUGAGUACUCAGCCACGGAUAAUUACACCCUGCAGAUCAAUCCCAAUUCUGGCCUCUGUAAUGAAGACCACCUCUCCUACUUCAAGUUUAUUGGUCGUGUGGCAGGCAUGGCUGUGUUCCACGGGAAGCUCUUGGAUGGUUUCUUCAUUAGGCCUUUCUACAAGAUGAUGCUUGGAAAAUCAAUUUCACUGAAGGACAUGGAGUCUGUGGACAGUGAAUAUUACAAUUCUCUGAAAUGGAUUCUGGAGAACGACCCCACAGAACUUGACCUGCGGUUCUGUAUUGAUGAAGACAAUUUUGGCCAGACAUACCAGGUGGAUCUGAAACCCAGGGGAUCAGAAAUGGUCGUCACAAAUGAGAACAAAAAGGAGUACAUAGACCUUGUUAUCCAGUGGAGGUUUGUUAACAGAGUUCAGAAACAAAUGAAUGCAUUUUUGGAGGGCUUCACAGAACUGAUUCUUAUCGACUUGAUUAAGAUCUUUGAUGAAAAUGAGCUUGAGCUGCUGAUGUGUGGCCUGGGUGACGUGGACGUAAAUGAUUGGAGGCAGCACACCGUCUAUAAGAAUGGCUACUGCCCCAACCACCCUGUCAUCCAGUGGUUCUGGAAGGCUGUCCUGUUGAUGGACGCAGAGAAGAGAAUUCGAUUGCUCCAGUUUGUCACAGGGACAUCACGUGUGCCUAUGAAUGGCUUUGCAGAACUAUAUGGAUCCAAUGGGCCACAGUUGUUUACCAUUGAGCAGUGGGGAACUCCAGACAAGCUUCCUCGUGCUCACACCUGUUUCAAUCGGCUGGACCUACCUACCUAUGAGUCCUUUGAUGACCUCCGGGAGAAGCUGCUCAUGGCAGUAGAAAAUGCACAGGGCUUCGAGGGAGUCGACUAAAUGUCACCAGUAUACACUGAACAGAAGGAAUUGUUUCAAGUCACGGAUGCCACAGAUAUGUUCAUGUGUGCAAGCGUAUGUAUGCACAUGUGUAGCUGUGGACAACUGUAUAGUAAAUUAAGUGCGUGCCCAUGGUCUACUUUGCCUGUUUUACGCUGCGUUCCUGGGAAACUGAGGGGGCACACAUUUUUUUCUUUUCUUUUCCCAAGCAGGUUCAGCACGUGACAAAAACUUCUGAUGCAUUUGAAUUACUCCAAUAUUCAUACUAUGCUAUUGGAGGUGUGGUGCUGUAACUACUUUGCAUUCUUUAUUAACUGCAAUGAAAUAAGGCAAAAUAAUCACUUGUACAAGUCUUGUAUCGCACUACCAACUUACCUUAGGAAUAACAAAUCACUGAUGAUUACUGGCAAUGUCGUCCUCACGAUACGCUGAAUCGUUCCUUAUUGAUAAAGCUUCUCCACCUGUUGUUUUCACAGUUAUUUUUAUAUCUUUCUUUGCAAGUCAAGAAACAAGAUGUUCAUAAUCAUUUUUAGAUUUUUAUUGUUAUUAAUAUUAUUAUGCUUCACAAAGUGUAUUUGUACUGUACAGUGUUCUGUAUUUUAGACGGUGUAUCAAAUCAUAAAUCUGGUCAAUGGAAAAGGAAUCUGCAUAUCUGGGGGAAAAAACAAAAAACUUUUUUUUUAAAGCCCUACAAAAUGGCAUGAACAAGUAUAUGCAGUGGCCCCAUAAAAAGGGCAUAUUCUUGUACUGGAAAAAAAAAAUCCCCAAAAGAAG